AUGUCGGAUCCGUUUUGGUACACGUUUCCCUCUCCGUUGGAAGGGUACGAGGGUCUCCCACCUCUCCCGGACGAAUUGAAUGAGGAUGGCAAGUCCUUCAAGAACCCCCAAACGGGUUCGCUGAGCGAGAGCUACCAGAAAUUCACCUCUGGCGUGACCAAUGGCCGACGAGGGGGUUUUGAUAUCCACAUCUACUACCACGCGAACAACGACGAGCAGAAGGAGUAUGCCCGUGCGCUCUGGGAGAGGAUUCGAAGGGAGUUUCCGGAGUUGAGGAUCUAUCGUUUCUGGGAUCGUCCGGUCGGGCCGCAUAUCAUGGCAAUGUUUGAAGUGAACGUCUUCACACCGGCGCAAUUUGGAGCGUUCAUCCCGUGGCUGGUCAUCAAUCGAGGGCCAUUGUCUGCUCUGGUGCAUCCCAAUCAUGAAGAUGGUGAUGAAGUGAGGGACCAUAGUCAAAGAGCCACAUGGCUAGGAGAGCGUGUGCCGCUGGAUUUGAGCCUGUUGAACAAGUUCAAGGGCAAACGAACGAGUGAGCGACCGAAUGGCAAAACAGAGUAG